UUUUUUUCUCUUAUCGCUUGUUGUUGUGUCUGAAUAUACAAAAUGGCUGGUUCAGAGUUGCCUUUCCCAAAUAAUGCGAGAGCAGAAAACGCAACUAUAUUCGGUGGGUCUCGGUUUGGCCGAAAGAAGAGAACGAUUUUCGUGCUAUUGCUGGUGGCGGUGUUCUUUGUCUUAUGGUUCAACUCGGAUUUAGAUCGCUUGAGCAACACGGUGGUUGAUAGUGGGUCAGCACAGAGUCCAAAGACCACAACGGUGGCUCCUUCUGUUGUUAUUGAAGAUGAUGAGGCCGAUUUAGAUGAACAACCAGAACCAGCACCUGCGGUAGUAACAGAAAAGGCACCUGCAAAGGCAGUGGAAGACCAGAAGAAGAAGACAAAACCAAGCACACUACCUAUCCUCCCCGAUGAGUCUACACCACAGCACUUCAAAUAUCUCAUGAUUAUCGCUUCUAGAGCAAGUAAUUUAAGUCGCCGUCAAUUAAUUCGUAAGACUUAUUUUGGCAUGGAGGAUAAUUUGGAACCAUGUAUGAAAAAGGAUAAGGGCUUCAAUUACAUGUUCUGGGUGUAUGGCGAAAAGCCCAUGUCAAAGACCCCUGAACGUCGCUUAUACGAAACUGAAAAAAUUGAAUGGAACGAUUUGGAGAAGGUAGAUCAAUCUGCUUACAGUCAAGAUGAAGUCUUAAAAUGGGCCGAAACUACUUUAAAAGAAAGAGGUGUUACCUAUGAUUAUCUUGUUAUCCAAGAUGCUUAUUCUCUUAUUCAACUCAACUAUAUCCAGCAAACGAUUCAAUCCGAAGUAGGUCAAUUCCCUACCGGUAAACUCGCUACUGAUCUUGCUUGGGUCUCUCCUGGUAAUAAAAACGCCCUUGUAGCCGGUUCAACUGCUGUCCAGAAGCUGUUGGAGAACGAAUCUGAGUACAAGGAUGUUAUCACCGAAGGCGAAAAUACGUUGAUGGCCAACUUUUAUGAAUUCCAUCGUUCUGUUUCGGUUCAACUUAACUUUGUCACCGCCAAAAAGGAACUGAGUCGUCUUCAAGCAUUGAAAGAAAACUCGCCAUUCUUUAUCUCUGAAACCAACCGCUUUGCUACUUGGAAAAAUCAUGUGGAAUCCAUUGCUGAUUUGACCAUUGCAGUUUCCAACAUCUAUCAAGAUUCCGAUUUUGCCGCUGUCGCCCAUACGCUUAAUCUUGGUGGCUCCUCUGUGUGUAAACCUCUGGAAAAAGCCAGCAUUGCUGUUGUCACCAGCUCAUUUAUCUACGACAACUGUAUGGAACCUUCAGCAUCUCUCGCCGCCGAUAAUAAGCGUAGUUAUGCUCUUAAGCACAAUUAUGCUUUUGUUGCUCGUUCCGGUGAGUUUGCUCAGCAACAACUUCGUGAAGAAAAGAGAAGACCUGUUUGGGGUAAGAUUGACGUUGUCCAAAAGGUGCUCCCCAAAUAUGAUUGGUUGUUUUGGAUGGAUAUGGAUGCUGUGAUUAUGAACCCUGAACAAACUGUACAGACACUUCUUGAUGAAUUCAGAAACAGUUUCCCCGAAGGUCCUCGUGCUUUUGAAAAGACGAUUGAUUUGGUUAUUUCUAAGCCAACAAAGGACAAGAUGAUCAAUGCCGGUGUCUUCUUUAUGCGUAACACCGAAUGGGCACAGAAGUUCCUCAACACCUUGCAAGAGUCUACCUAUUGGUAUAAUAAGGGUCCCUCUUAUGAACAGGGAGCCAUGUGGGAUUUAAUUCAAGAGCCCGGCUACAAGGAACAUGUCCUCUUACUUGAAAACGACGAUCAUACAUUCAAUACUUUCCCCAAACUUUAUGUUCCUGGAGAUUUUAUUGUGCAUUUUGCUCCUGAUAAAUGUCCCAAUUCUGCUGUCUUGGGUGGAUUAAAGGCUGCUCGACAAAUUCAACAAGGUCAAACUGUUACUUCUUUCCAGGAAGAUUAAGUUGCUUUGGAAAAAAAAAUGACCUUCACCCUUUUGUAAUUACUUGAAUACAUAUAUAAAUAAAAAAGCUUUUUGAAACAAACAAAUAAAAUAAAAAGUGUGGCUGAUUUGUGCGUCCCCCAAAAAGAAGUAUAAAUAGCUCUCCUGGCCACUGUUGCACGGACUCGUUCUGCCAAGCUUUCUAACUUUCU